UUAAGACUUUCAGCCAAAGGGUUUUGCUUCUCAUCUUCAACCUCUAUCCACCUCCCACCAAAACGCCGCCGUUCAGCUGCUCCUCUUCCACGGCAAUUAUUUUCGUGUAAGCUCUCAUAUUUCUCCAUCUCUAUCUACACACUACAAACUAGGGUUUAUUCAGUUCACUGCUAAAUAAUAAUGCUCUCUGGUUCAAGAAUCUUAAACCCAGAAAUGACCUAAACGGCUAAACCCAAUCCCAAAAUGCACCGCCGCCUCUCCAUUUUCACCCUCAAGAUUCUCACUAAUCCCAAUCCUAUCCCCACCAAGCAAACCCUCCUCCGUUCCCAAUUCGGCCGCUUCAAUCCGAGACCCAACACGUCAGCAAUACUCCGCCUGCUUUCCUAUACUCCCCUGAAUCGGCGCGCCCCCGAUCCUGAAGACCCAUCCAAUCUGAUCAAGGAGGAUGGAGUUUCGAUUCUGUCCCAAAUUUGGAUUGAGAAUUAUAGAGAGCCUGAUAAAAUUGUGACCAAUUUGACCUCCUACAUUCGGAGAUUCGAGCUCUGGGUGUUGGCUUAUCAGAAGGUCUGCGCCGACGAUAUGGGGGCCUAUAUGCCCCGAAGCUCGAUACAGAGGUCGGCCAUGGAGGACUUGUUAGCACUUCGAAAUGCUGUUCUUGAUGGUAGGUUUAGGUGGGGAGCUAGGUUAGAGUUUUACAUUAAGUCACCUAAGGAUAAGACCGAGUACGAGUCUUUGUCCAAGAGGAAGAUCAAGGCUAUCUUGACCGCCACGCAGCCGUCGCCAUUUCAGGAUAAGUUGGUUCAGGAGGUUCUGUUGAUGGUGCUGGAGCCGAUAUAUGAGUCAAGAUUCUCGCAGAAGUCGUUUGCAUUUAGACCGGGGAGGAAUGCGCAUACGGCGUUGAGGGUGAUUAGGAGGAGCUUUGCGGGGUACUUGUGGUAUAUAAAGGGGGAUUUGAGUACGAUAUUGGAUGGGAUGAAGGUGGGGUUGGUGAUUAAUGCUUUGAUCAGGGAUGUGAGGGAUAAGAAGGUAGUUGAUUUGAUCAAGACGGCGUUGGUUACACCGGUUGUUACACGUAAUGAUGAUGGUGAGGUGAAGAAGAAGAAGUCGAGGAAGUAUCAAAAGAAGAGGGUGCUGGCAGAGGAUGAACCUAAGCCAGACCCUUAUUGGUUGGAGACGUUUUUUGGGUUUGCGCCCGAGGAGGCAGAGAAGCUUCCUUCUUGGGGACAUUGUGGGAUACUCAGUCCCCUUUUGGCUAAUAUCUGUUUAGAUGAAUUGGACCGCUGGAUGGAGGAAAAGAUUAAGGAGUUUUAUCAUCCGUCAAAGAGUGAUGUCAUAUGGAAUAGCCCGGAAGGUGAAGCGGAACAGGGAAAUACGUCUUGGCCUGAAUUUGUGCCAACAAGUGGGCCAGAUAAGACCAGAAAGAUGGAUUAUAUAAGAUAUGGGGGUCAUAUUUUGAUUGGCGUUCGAGGACCUCGAGCAGAUGCAGCCACAUUGAGAAAACAAUUGAUUGAGUUCUGUGAUCAAAAGUAUUUGCUCAAGCUUGACAAUGAGAGCCUCCCUAUAGAACACAUAACCAAGGGUAUAUUGUUUCUUGAUCAUGUGCUGUGUCGCAGAGUUGUCUACCCAACGCUUCGGUAUACUGCUACUGGUGGGAAAAUCAUUAGUGAGAAAGGCGUAGGCACUCUUUUAUCUGUUACAGCGAGCUUAAAACAGUGCAUCAAGCAAUUUAGGAAACUGAACUUUCUGAAGGGGGAUAGGGAUCCUGACCCACAGCCUUGUUUCAGAAUGUUCCAUGCCACUCAAGCUCAUACUAAUGCACAAAUGAACAAGUUUCUGUCAACAAUGGUCGAGUGGUAUAGGUAUGCAGAUAAUCGCAAAAAAGUUGUAAACUUUUGUGCUUAUAUUCUAAGGGGUUCACUAGCAAAGCUCUAUGCAGCAAAAUACAAGCUCCGUUCACGUGCAAAGGUGUACAAGAUUGGUGAUAGGAAUCUGAGUCGUCCUUUGAAAGAGAAGAAGGGGCAGUCACCUGAGUACCAUAAUUUAUUGAGGAUGGGUCUUGUUGAGUCAAUAGAUGGGCUUCAGUAUACCAGGAUGUCUCUUGUACCUGAAACUGAUUACACUCCUUUCCCAAGUAAUUGGAGACCUGAACAUGAGAAGGCAUUGCUUGAAUAUAUAAGACUUGAUGAUCCAAAAACUUUGGAGGAGCAGCGCACAUGUAUCAUGGAUCAAGGUCUUGUUUCUCCUCAGGAUUACAUAUCAAUGCUUGUUUGGAACUAUAAGAGAAGUCCUGUUCCAUUGGAUCAAUUUACAAAUGUCACAAGUGGCAGCAGUGACAUUGAAAACGAUAAGCAAUUGCUGCUUGAAUCAAAUCAAGAUAAUCUUGAAAACAGAACUACAGAAGAUGAGGUAAAGGGUGAACGGUUUUGUGUAUCACAAUUGUAAACAUUUUACUGGCAUAUUAACAAGCUGAGUUAUUCAGGGCACGUGUUCAUGUUGCUAUUUACUAGCUAAGCUGGCAAGUUAUAGAAAUGUUAGUUUAAAUAUUGUCUACAAGGCAGUACUUAUUUGGAUAGCUACUCUUUUAUCAAUUUUAGGUUUACCACAGAUUGCAAAUAUUCAGUUUUGUGGAGUAAUUUUUUUAUUAGAAAAUUUGUUGGUUUCUUUUUGUUUCAAUUUUCAAUGAUCUUGAUACAAGAAAAUGAUAUGAUAUUAUCUAUUGUGGUCCGGUGUUGGAGGUCGGACA